AUGGGUCUUUUGAAACAACGGUAUCAUGAACUCUUGGACUUGCGCGUGCGUGGUGAACGCCUCCCCAUAGCAAGGCGUCUUCAACACUUUACAUGGGCAUGGUUUGCUUCGACAAUGGGUACAGGUGGUAUUGGCAUGAUCACCUCCCUGUAUUACUUUCGGUUCCAUGGCCUCACCACCCUUGGAAAAAUCAUUUUCAUCUUUCAACUAUGUAUUUUUUCCCUUUUCACAGUAUGCAUUCUCUUUCGCUUCCUUCGUUACCCAGGUACCUUUUGGAGAUCUUGGAAUAAUGCUGGCGAAGCUGUCUUCAUGCCGACUUUUCUCCUCUCCGUCGCCACCAUCAUCAGCAAUUUCUACCCAUAUGCCUAUCCAUACACCGGUGAAUGGAUGGUUUGGACAAUCCGCAUUACCUAUUGGAUCUACUUUGUCAUUGCUUGCAUAGUUUGCGUCAGUCUCUUUUAUACCCUUUUCCGCAACCAUCCGUUUCAAAUAGGUACCAUCAUCCCUGCCGUUGUUCUUCCCAUCUUUCCUUGUAUGAUUUGCGGUGUCGCCGCCAGUGCCAUUGUCGAGUCCCAGCCUCCAGCACAGGCAAAGAACAUGAUCAUUGCCGGUAUCGCCUUUCAGGGCUUGGGAUUUUGGGUCUAUCUUCUUUUGUAUGGAAAUAACCUCUUACGUCUCUUCACCGCCGGUCUUCAGGCCCCCUCUGACCGCCCUGGUAUGUUUAUCCUUGUAAGCCCUCCUUCCUAUACAGGUCUUACUCUUUUGGAUCUAGGUUUUGGUGCGGUUCACAAGCAGCAUUCCAUUUUCGUCACCAAAAACUCUCCCGACUGGUUAAUGUUCAUAUGCACCUUCUUGGCUAUCUUCAUGGUUGCCUUGGGCGCUUUCAACUUUAUCCUUGCUUUGGUUUCUGUCGUCGCCGGUUUUUGCUCUCCUGGCAAACUCAAAUUCAAGAUCUCCUGGUUUGCUAUGAUUUUUGCAAACGGCGGUCUUGUCAUGGUUAUCCAAGAACUCGGCAAGGCCGUCGACUCCAGAGCUCUUGAUGUCCUUGGCCAAGUUUGCGGUGGUAUCAUAUCCGUCGUCUGGGUCAUCUUGAUCCUUCUUGCUAUUCGUGCCAUAUACGUCCAAGAAGUCCUCUAUCCUGGAAAGGACGAAGAUGUCAACAUUCUUCCUCCUGAUGUCCUCAAGUACUUUGAAAAGCUAGAACUAUUUGGCGGAGACAACGCUGGAGGAAGUGAUAAUGGCUCCUCCAAAGAUGGUCGUAUCGUGCAUGAUGAAAUGUAUGUGAAAAAAAUAAACCAUACUCAAAAUCUAUAA